AACGCAGCGGUCUGAAUAAUUUACACCCGAGCGGAUAAACUUUAAAAACUAUUGGAAUUAUUGGAAAGUAAUUACUAAGCAGUAAAUAGUUAAAACGGAAUACGUAUUAUUUAUCCUUAUCCUGUCUAAGAAGUUCAGUGCCGCCCGUCUCCGAAGCGCUCUAUGCCCGUUCCGCCCGUUCCGCCCGUCAUCAUAUUCAUUCCGCUCCGGACGCUGCAGGAUGUCUUCGGGCUGGUCAGCGAACGACCACAAGAGCUACUCGAACCCGCCGUCAGCUGCGGAGAAACGGGCGAGACACGACUCGGGGAACAAAGUGACGGUGGUGCUGGGAGCGCAGUGGGGAGAUGAAGGAAAAGGAAAAGUUGUUGAUUUAUUGGCGACGGAGUCUGACCUCGUGUGCAGGUGUCAGGGAGGAAAUAACGCCGGUCACACGGUGGUGGUGGAUGAGAAAGAGUAUGAUUUCCAUCUUCUCCCGAGUGGAAUCAUCAGCACCAAAUGCAUAUCAUUCAUCGGUAACGGCGUCGUCAUUCAUCUUCCCGGAUUAUUCGAGGAGAUCGACAAAAAUGAGAAAAAGGGACUGAAAGGAUGGGAAAAAAGGCUGGUCAUCUCCGAUCGGGCUCACAUUGUAUUUGACUUUCAUCAGACCUUGGACGGACUUCAGGAGGUUCAGAGACAAGCUCAGGAAGGACAAAACAUAGGAACAACUAAGAAAGGCAUCGGCCCCACGUACGCCUGUAAAGCGUCUCGCACCGGGCUUCGCAUCUGUGACCUGAUGGCUGACUUCAGCGAGUUCUCUAGCAGGGUGAAGAAGCUGGUGCAGCAGUACCAGUCCAUGUUCCCCGCUCUGAAGGUGGAGGUGGAGGGCGAGCUGAAGAAGCUGAAGGAAUACGCCGAGAGGAUCAGACCGCUGGUCAGGGACGGCGUCUAUUUCAUGUACGAUGCAAUUCACGGGCCGCCGAAGAAAAUCCUGGUGGAGGGAGCAAACGCGGCGCUGCUGGACAUCGACUUCGGAACGUACCCGUUUGUGACGUCCUCCAACUGCACGGUGGGAGGUGUGUGCACCGGCCUCGGCAUCCCACCCGCGAACAUCGGCGACGUGUACGGAGUGUCAAAGGCCUACACCACUAGAGUCGGGAUCGGGGCCUUUCCCACAGAACAACUCAAUGCGGUGGGCGAGCUGCUGCAGACCAGAGGUCAUGAAGUGGGCGUGACCACCGGCAGAAAGAGACGCUGUGGUUGGCUGGAUUUGGUUAUUCUCAACUACGCUCAUAUGAUCAACGGAUUCACUGCCCUUGCUUUGACUAAACUGGACAUCCUCGAUGUUCUGGAAGAAAUUAAAGUGGGUGUUGCCUAUAAGAUCAACGGCAAGAGAAUCCCGUAUUUCCCAGCAAACAUGGAGGUGCUGCAGAAGGUGGAGGUGGAAUACGAGACGUUUCCCGGCUGGAAGACGGACACAUCAGCGGCCAGGAAGCAGAACUACAUCCCCCCCAAAGAUAAUAACAACAUCCUCCCCAUUAAGAAUCAUCUCUUCUCCGCAGUUAAGUGGGUCGGCGUGGGGAAAUCCAGGGAAUGCAUGAUCCAGAUGUUCUAGGAGGGUGAAGAUUCCUUCCCACAAUCCUCCUGGAGACCGUCAGCUCAGCGAGACUCUUGGUUUUACUGGCUGGCAUUCACAAAACUCUUAACAAGUUUAACUUGAUGGAAGAUCAGCUCUGAAUGGCUGUGUGAUUAAAAAAA